AUCUUCUGUAUUUUCAUCUCAUCACUUUUCAUCUUGUCUUUUGACACUUUCACUUUUGUCAAUCUCUCACCUGCGGACUCAGACACUUGGCCCAGCCCACUUUUCCUGUCAUCUUUUUUCCAGCUCAUUAUCUUGGAUUAUUAUCAACCAAGAUUACUGUCAGGAAUUUAUUUUAUCACUGAACAUUAAUGUUUGACAGUUUGUCAUAAGGCUGAUGGACCCACCUGGGUCACAUGGUACAACUGCAGUACUGGUACACAUAGACGUGGACGUGGGGUCAUCAGUAGUUGAGCAGUUUGUACUGAAGGUGGCACUGGAGACAGUUUCAGGAGAGAUCUGUUUGUGUGUGCGUUAUCAGCUGACCAGCACACACACAGACACACACUUAUCAGACUCAGACAGACUCAGACGAGCUGGAAACACCAACAGUCCCUCUGACUCUGAGUGACUUCAGAACCCUGGUUAUUUGUGUGAGGCAUCGUGUGGUUCUCUAAAAGUUCUAAUGUUCCUGUGCAUCCGUCUAGACUUUUGUCAGACCUGUCUGUAGACUGUAGCCCACACGGUGACCCACAUGUCGGUCAGUUAGGUCGGACAGUGAUAGUGUUGGUAGGAUUUCUGUUUGUCAUGCAGGAGGUUUCAGAUUCAAUUCCACCCAGUCCCAGACCCAGGGUGGCUGAGGAUGUCACGUUCAAGUCUGGGUUUUAGCUUUGGCUUCUGAUUGGCUGAAUAUAAUUUUACAAAUACUUCAAAGAAAUAAGGCUAAAGAGAAGAGGAUAAAAGCACACUCCAUCAUCCAUCCAUCCAUUUCCAUGGUAACGACCCCAAACACUAGUUUUGAUGAAAAACAGCUGGAGCGGCCUGGUCUUUGUUGUUUCCAUGGAAACAGAUUCACGUGCUCCAUUGGUUCCAUAGCAACCAUCUCUCAUACGUCCUUGGACACUUCAUGCACCAGCACCAACCCGUAGCCCCCCCCACAGCCAUGGACAGCAUCCCGAGGCGAUGGGUGCUGAAGCCUCUGUCUCCACUGCUGCAGCCGUCAGACCUGAGGACCAUCCACAGUCCCCCCGGGAGACAGGAACCCUCUGUGGCUGACCCAGUCCAGUCCUUUAACAGCGUCCCUGUCAACGGGAACCAUUUUUCAGAGUUUGAUGAAGAAUUGAAAAGUCCCAGCAGUCCCAGCAGUCCCUGCAGUCCCUGCAGCAGCAGCUCAGGCUCCCACGCCGGCUUCUACUCCUUUGUGGAGGAUCCAGCAAGUCCUGAGGCAGAACAGAACCAGGCCUGGAUGGUCUCACCCCAGAGAGGAGCUCAGCUGCUCACCCUGAAGGAGGAGAGUGGCUUUACCCUGAGGACGUACACCAGCAGCAGGAAGCCUGAGAGUCUGUUCUCAGAUGGUCCAGAGGACUCCGUGUACCAGGACAGGGUCCAGGUGGUGGGGGAGGAGGAGGAGAAGCAGCUACGGCAGGAGAUCAUUCGCAGUCAAGCACCAAAAAAGAACCCGGUUCUCACAGAGGAGCUUCAGAUUCUGGAGAACCUGGACUUGACUAGAUCUCCAAACAAACUGAGCUACAGUCCAGUCAGACCCGUCAGACCUGACCCACCCACCCCUGUGGACCCUGGGGACAUUGUCAAGGAGCAAAUUAACUUCAGUGCAGCCAGAAAACAGUUCCUGCAGAUGGAGCCGGAUCAGGUAGCCGCACUCCUGGACCCUAGGAGGUCCUCAAAACCACCUCCGAGGUCACCUUGGCUUCUGGAGUCCGAGGUAUUAAUGUCACAGAGAGUUGUGGCCCAGAGGGUCAGGUCCGUAGGAGAAGAUGAAGACGAGGUCGACGGGAGGACAUCUGAGGACCAGACUGAAGAGAGUCUCAGUGGACAGGGUUCAGGUCCAGAGGAGCUCAUCUUUGCUGCUGGUGUGAACGCCUACAAAGACAACAGUGAACGGGAUAACAGUGACGACGAGACCACACCUGAGACUCCAAUUGAAAGGGAGAUCCGGCUAGUCCAGGAACGUGAGGAGGACCUCCGACGGUCUCGUGGUCUGAGGACCAAUGACAGCAGGGAUGAAAUGAUAGAGAUCAAGAUCAAACGUUUACAACCAUGGACACCAACUAAAACCAAAGACAGGACCAGAGUGACCUCUGUUGGCCAGAGAGAGAUCCUGCAGCAGAAGCAGGACGCAGCAGAACCCGAGCAGACCAGGAUCUGGACCCUAAAUGACAGGAAGUCUGAAAGAAAGAGUGAGACUGAGCUUCAGGACAGAGACCACGGUGGCGACCUCCUGUCUCCAAGCUGUCCUCAUAGACACCCAGUUCUCAGAGAGUCCACCACUGAGCCAAGACCUCUCUGGUCUCCUGGCACCGUGACAGACGCUGGACCUUUCCACCAGGUGGACAAGACCCCCUCAGCAUUCCCCUGGUCCUCUGGUUCCUCCGUGACCCACAACAAGCCACACAGGUGGAGUGAAAACCCGAAUUCCUCUGGUCUCCAGUCCACAGGACAGGGGGCGCCAGACUUCAUAGAGAAGGAAAUCAAGGAGGCGCUAAGACGGGAGAAGGAGUUGAGGGAGUCCAGGGAGAGAAGUCGGUCCUCGUCCACGGUGUACCGGGAAACCAAGAUGGCCGCAGGGCUUUUCUACUCACCCAUACACGGAGAAAAACUUCUGUCCGACUCCUCGCCAACAGCGUUUCUUUUGGACACGCCCCCUCACAGACAGCCCAGAGUGAAGCAGCCUGAAGCCUCGUACGCAGGAAUUAAAAUGAUAGACGACGUCAACAAUAAGGUUAUUCAGUCGACUCGAGUCUUCCGACAUAAAAAUCAACGAGCUCUUCGUUGGGAAGCUGGUGUUUUUGCUAACAUGGAGAACCAGGACUAGAUCUAAACUGAGGCCUUGGACUACAUCUAGAGCUGGACCUGGGACUAAUUGAAGAACUAAAAGUGGGAACAGUUCCAGAAUAGCAGGGAUUUAAAGCAAGAUUUUUAUAAGUGGAAGAGUGACCAGAACUGUGGUUCAGUCAAACGUCAGCUCGACCAAUGAACAGGUGCGUUUUUAACAGGUGGUGAAUGUUUAUGUAAAAUAUGUGAAUCAAUGAAUAAGAGUGAUUAAAGUGAAAUUAACUUUUCAAAGUAAAAGUAAUUUUUAUUUCACCAAUUAAAUCAACUCAUUCAAACCACUGUAGGUUUGAUGUUGAAAUAAAUAACCUCUCUGACUUCA